CAGCUCAUGUCAAUGAAUGUGGCCGGGAGCGCGCACCUCCACCUCCCCCGCACGCGCACCCGGCCCAUCUGAUCUUUGUCCUACGUAAGACCGAAGCUCCGCCUCGCUCUCCUAUCGGACCGUGUCCCCUACCGCAUCCAUUUUUUGUGCAUUCAAGAAAUCUCUUGGAGUUAGCAGCGGCGGCAGCAUCCAGGAGAGGGUCGCGGGGAAGGCGUCUGCCGAUUACCGCAAUAAGGGAUCGCGCGCCCCACCAUUGGACGAUGCGCGAGAGCUCUCCGCAAGCGGCGGCAGCCAUGGCAUCAUCUACACCUGAAAUGUCAGCUCGGGGGGCCCCGGCCGCGUCCCCUGCGGCCCCCGCUCCGCCGGACCUGAGCCACCUCACCGAGGAGGAGAGGAAGAUCAUCCUCUCGGUCAUGGAGCGACAGAAGAAAGAGGAGGAGAAGGAGCAGUCCAUGCUGAAGGAAGCUCCUAAAGAAGACACAAAGGCUCAGCCAGCUCAGUGGAACCCUUUCAGUGGAAUCACUGAGCUGGUUAGUAAUGUUCUUCAGCCCCAGUCCAAAUCCCCCAGUGAGGAGCAGCCCAAGCCGAAGCUGCACCAGCAGUUUGAGAUGUACAAGGACCAGGUGAAGAAGAUCGGAGAGGAGGCUCCGAAGAACCCCGAGCAGAAGGCAGACUCGCCCAUCUGUGGGAUCUGCCACAAAACCAAGUUUGCUGAUGGCUGCGGCCGCGUCUGUUCUUAUUGCCAAACCAAGUUCUGCGCGCGCUGUGGAGGACGCGUCUCCCUCCGCUCCAACAGAGUAAUGUGGGUAUGCAACCUGUGCCGAAAACAACAAGAAAUCCUCACAAAGUCGGGAGCAUGGUUCUACAGCAGUCCUGAGGGCUCCAGAUCGGGGCCCCAAGCCAAAGUGAGGGGAGGCCCAGCCGGAGCCAACCAGGACCCUCUCAGAAACGGUUCAGGGAUCCCAGACAGAAACAGAAGCCCAUCAGGAUCCAGGGACCCCAACGCAGCAUAUAACCAAAGGGAGGGAGAAGGAGGACUGCAGUAUGCUCCGGCUGAAGGUAGCAUGCCCCGCUCUCCGUCCGACUACGGACGUGAUCCUGGCCAUUCGCCGAGGAGUUCAAGAAUGUACAAUGAGCUGGGCAGUUAUCAAGACAGUCAAGGACGCUGGCACUCGCAAGGCCAACGUUUAGAUGGCAAGCUAGAGGACUAUGAACUCCAAAGACGCCGUGAGGAGGAAUACCAGGCCCGAUACCGCAGUGACCCCAAUCUGGCGCGCUACCCAGUCAAACCCCAGCCCUACGAGGAGCAGAUGCGCAUCCAUGCCCAGGUGUCACGGGCUCGGCACGAGCGGCGUCAUAGUGACGUCUCGCUCGCCUAUACAGAACUUGACGAGCCUCUGCAUGGGCCUGGUGGACGGCAGUCACGCCUCCCUCUGGUGGGAGGCCCAAGUCAACGCUCGUACUCUAUGGACAGGAGCUCAACGGGACAUCGGAUGUCAAAUCAUAGCCCACCAACACCACGUCGCAGCCCUGUGUUGGCCGACAGCCGCCGAGGACUGGCGGAGCCAACGAGGAAACCCAUACUCCAACAGCACCACUUGGACCCUAGCUCAGCUAUGCACAGGAACAAACGGGACAAAAUGGAUAGCAUGCUACGAAACGACUCUCUAAGCUCAGACCAGUCAGAGUCGGUUCGGCCUCCUCCACCUCGACCACACCGCAGCAAACGCCUCGGCAAGCUCCGAACCAUGGGCAGCUUCAGCAGCUCAGAGGAGGAGUUGGCCACCACGCCAGAGUACACAAGCUGUGAGGACGUGGAGCUGGAGAGCGAAUCCAUCAGCGAAAAAGGAGAUAUGGAUGGUCACUGGUGGGACCAUGCGUCUUGGCAUAGCGAGGCCUCCUCAAUGUCUAUGCACCCGGUGACAUGGCAACCAUCCAAAGACGGAGAGCGCCUAAUAGGGCGGAUAGUGCUAAACAAGCGGAUGAAAGAUGGCACGGUGCCCAGAGACACAGGGGCACUGCUGGGCCUCAAGGUGGUGGGAGGGAAGAUGACAGAGUCUGGCAGACUUUGUGCUUUCAUUACGAAGGUGAAGAGAGGAAGUCUAGCAGACACUGUCGGCCAUCUCCGACCAGGCGAUCAGGUCCUGGAGUGGAACGGGAGGGUCUUACAAGGAGCCACGUUCAAGGAAGUUUACAAUAUCAUUCUAGAAUCCAAGCCAGAGGCGCAGGUGGAGCUGGUGGUCUCACGGCCCAUCGGAGAUGUCCCUAGAAUACCAGAGAGCACACAUGGACAGCUUGAAUCAAGUUCAAGUUCCUUUGAAUCUCAAAAGAUGGGCCCGUCCAUCUCUGUCACGUCCCCCAUGAGUCCUGGCGUGCUCCGGGACAACCCUCAGUAUGUGUCCGGACAGCUCUCGGUCAAGCUGUGGUACGAUAAAGCAGGACAUCAGCUCAUCGUCACUAUCCUGGGCGCCAAAGACCUGCCUUCACAAGAAGACGGGCGACCUAGGAAUCCAUACGUCAAAAUCUACUUCCUCCCCGACAGAAGCGACAAAAGCAAGAGGAGAACGAAAACGGUGAAGAAAUCUCUGGAGCCCAAGUGGAGCCAGACGUUCAUGUACUCACCGGUGCACAGACGAGAGUUCAGGGAGCGCAUGCUGGAGAUCACGGUGUGGGACCAGGCCAGAGUCCGAGAGGAGGAGAGCGAGUUCCUGGGAGAGAUUCUGAUUGAGCUGGAGACAGCGCUGGUGGACGAUCAGCCUCACUGGUAUAAGCUUCAAACACACGACCUGUCCUCGAUGCCUCUGCCGAACCCCUCGCCCUACAUGCAGAGACGUCUCCUGCACGGAGAGAGCCCCACACGCAGGCUACAGAACAAGGGCCCGUAUUUUUACAACUCAGGGUCACAGAGAAUCAGUGACGGCGAGUUCUCUGAUUACGACUGUGAAGACGGGAUUGGUGUUAUCUCAGAUUACCGGCACAAUGGCAGGGAUUUCCAGAGCUCCACUCUGUCUGUCCCAGAGCAGGUGAUGUCAUCCAAUCACUGUUCCCGAUCGGACAUGACCCGCACACGCUCACGCUCACCCAGUGUCCCUCCACCACAAAGUCGAAGUUUAGACCACGGUGUGAGAGGACGACCCUCGCAGUAUGGCCCCCGACAUCGCCUGUCUGAAGACAGAUACUCACCAGACAGCCAGUAUCUUACCCUCCCUCCUCGAACCAGACACAGACAGCCAAGCGUCGACCCCGCUAUCCAGGACCCCAGCAUGCACCCCCUCUAUCGGGAGGACGCGGUCAGGUUACUGCGCUCCACUAGGAUGGCCCGUGCCUGCUCAGACGGGGCUUACGAUAGCUUGGACAGGAGGAUGAGGAGAGAUAGACAAAUGUCUGCCUACAGUGACUCAUUUGAAUCUCCUGAGAGAUAUUACAAUGGGCCCAAUCAUGUAUCUACUCCGUGGCCCAAUCAUGUCAUGAAUGGAACCAGUGGUGACAGCAGUAGGACGUGCCCCAGGAUAGAAAUUGAGCCUUCUACAGAUACAGAAAGAGAUGACAAUAUCCCAGAGUUCCUAGCUAACCGUGAGCACUUUGAGGAAGAUCUGAGGUAUAGCCGCAGCAUGGUGGACAGACAUGAGCAUUACAGGUCCAGGUCAGCUGACCAGCGGCCCAUGAUGGAACGACCGGUCUACACGCGCUCCCGCUCGUCCGAGCGACCAGACUCUGGCUACAUGAGAUCCAUGCCAUCCUUACCUUCAGGGAGAUCUGCCCCUCCCUCUCCUGCCUUAACGAGGGCAAGCAUCCGAACCGGAUCGGUCCAAACAAGUCCCACCAGUACGCCAGUAUCGAGUCGAAGAGGUCGGCAGCUACCGCAAGUCCCACCAAAGGGCUCUAUGGACAGAAAAGAUGGCGAGGGUAUUACUGAGCCUUUUGAAGUGGUGGGAGGGGCUUCACAACCACUGGCUCCGCCCCCUCCACCUCCACAAGCCACACAAGCAAUGGCUGCUCAUGUCGGGAUGGAGUCUCCUGUCUUGAGCCCCAACACCACCUAUGCCCCCAUGCCUCCUCCUGCACAUGCUCCUCCCUCACCUGCACAUGCCCAUCUGCCAACUUCAGUUGCCACUCCCCCACCCACACAUGCCCCUCCCUCUCCAGCACAUGCCCCUCCCCCUCCAGCCCCUCCCCCUCCUCCUCCGCCCGCUGCUCCAUCAUCAGCUUCACCUCUUGUCCAACAGGCUUCUGUGACAGAAUCCCAGGAAAAGCCUGUAGCUCCCCCUGCUGUCAAUGGGAGGAAAGAGGUCACAUGGGAGGACCAGCAGAAGAAAGCUCCUGCUGUAGUGUCAGAGUCCACAGUGUCAGAGAACGAAGAUGCAGGCACUUUGAAGGAUCCAUCAAGGCGUGGGAUGGACAGUCUCUCCAUGAGGUCGUCGGACAGUGAUGUAAGCGACGUGUCCGCUAUGUCGAGCGCGUCUCGGCUCAGCAGCACGAGCCACAUGUCUGUCCAGUCAGAAAGGGUGCGAGCGGGCCGCAGGAUCAGCCGUGCGGAGGCUCUUCAGAGUCAGGGAGAGGAGGGCUCUGUCUCUGUGGAAGAGCAGGUGGAAGUGUCUACAGCGAGCGCACAGGGGGCGGGGCAUGAUUGGGAGGUGGGUGGGGCUACUGUCAACCCAGAGGAAGAGGAAGAACAGGAGGAACCUGAGAGUGAGUUUACAUCUAAAAUGAAACACAGGGCUCAGACGGCCACCCCAGGGUCCAACAUCACCAAGAGCUCCAGUGUGGGUGGAGACAUGUGCUCGCUGGGCAGGAACGACGACGAGGACGAGGACGACAAGAAGCGGCGCUCCAGCUUCGGAGCCAAGAUGGCGGCCAUGGUGGGCCUGGGGAAGAAGAGUCAGAGCACCUCCCAGCUGGACCCAGAGCAGGAGGGUAAGAAGAAGAAGCCGGUGCGUCUGGCGAUCCAGCGGAGUGUAGAGACUGGUUUAGCCGUGGAGAUGAAGAGCAGGAUGACACGGCAGCCCAGCCGUGAGACCACAGAUGAUGGUGAAAAGGUGAAACCUGGAAAUCUAAUUUUCCCUGGAGUGAAGAUCUCUUCAGACAGCCAGUUCACUGAGUUUUUGGAUGGUCUUGGCCCCGCCCAGCUGGCAGGGAGACAGACAUUGGCCACGCCUCCAAUGGGUGACAUCCAGAUUGGUAUGGUGCACAGGAAGGAGAGGCUGGAUGUUGAAGUUAUUCGGGCUCGAGGCCUGGUGGGCAAACCAGGGAACAAACAGACGCCAGCACCUUAUGUAAAAGUAUAUCUGCUGGAAAAUGGGAAAUGCAUCAACAAAAAGAAAACCCGGACAGCGCGGAAAACACUGGAUCCUCUUUAUCAACAGCAGCUUCAGUUUGAGGAGAAUCCUGAAGGAAAGGUUUUACAGAUCAUUGUUUGGGGGGACUAUGGACGCAUGGACCACAAAUCCUUCAUGGGAGCCGCCCAGAUCCUGUUAGACGAUUUAGAGCUGACCAACAUGGUGAUUGGCUGGUACAAGCUCUUCCCUCCCACCUCAUUAGUGGACCCAACCUUGGCACCUUUAAGUAGUAAACCUCCAGGUUCAAGCCUGGACAGUUCUAAUGUCCGGUCGUAGCGGCACGAGGAGGAGAGCGGUAGAGAGCGGCGUGAGUAGCUCCAGCUACAGACAGAGAGGAGACGGCCUGGACGGGACACGUCCUGGUCACACUGCAUGCUUGAUGUUGUGUCCUCUGAGCCCAUGCGAUCAGAGGUUAAGAAAAGGCCUACGUCCUUCUGCCAAAAAAAAUAACUGAAAAGUAAAAGUAUGCUGCCGUCACACACAGGGAACGCACGACAGUGGAAGUCUCUCCGUUCAGCUGAAGAGAUGCAGCCAGGGAUUCAGUGGAGUCUGACUCUUAACUGUAGGACGUUAAGAGUGCUGAUUUCCACCGGACGUUAUACUCUGCCCGUUUUCUCUCUGUUGAAUUCAGAGAGAUGUCAGUGUUUCUUACCCACAACUUGAUUCAUUGUAGCCAUUACUGUAAGCCAAGCUGUCAAAAGAAGAUCCAUAAAGAGAGAAGCACUUGGCUAAGAUGGGACAGGAAAGGGUACCCUCAGAGAGAUGACGUUCUCGUGGGAAUGACCCUACAUCAAGCCAGAUCUCCCCUGGAUCGCUCUUCAAACUUCGGUGAUGAGGAAAUGGAUAUGGCCAGAGUUCCUGUUUGAUUCAGGAAAAAAAUAAAUAAUUAAAUAAUUAAAUAAUGGACCUUUUUGUGCUCCGGUAUGAUGUUCUCUUUGUUGAUGUACUGUAUGAAUCUUAUGUUUGUUUCAGUUUUUUUUUUUGUUUGUUUGUUUUUGUUUUUUUUGCAUGGAUGCAAAGUUGUUUUAAAAAAAAACUGUAUGUUUAUUUUCCUCGAGACUUGCAAAAAAAAAAAAAAGAAAGAAAGAAAGAGAGGAAGAAACUUACUUAAGGAUGACCAGAUCAGCCAUUUUCAACUAUUUGUAUCAUUUUUAAUAUGAAAUUCUCUAGUGCAUGAUUUUCAAAGAGACUGAAUGCAAAAUGA